CAGGCAUUAUUAGAGACGACUAAAAGCGGGGCUUUCAAAGGACCCAAACAAUAUGUACCGGAUAUUCUGAGAGCAUGAAGUAAACAUUGGAGUAAACGCUUAUAAUUUCUGUUUUCAGUCUCUUACAGACUCCUCAGAGUUGAUAAAAUGAACAACAUUUCCCCUGAGGUUGCUCUGCACCGGAUCUCACCUGAGUUGCGGCCGUUGCUGUGCAGCGUUGUGCGGAACGGCCGAGUUGGACUCGACUCCACAAACUGUCUCCGUGUGACCGACCUCAAAACUGGAUGCACAACUUUGACCCCGGGUCCCUCCUGUGAUCGCUUCAAACUUCACAUCCCGUACGCCGGAGAAACCCUGAAAUGGGAUAUCAUAUUCAAUGCACAGUAUCCAGAAUUGCCACCGGAUUUCAUUUUUGGAGAAGAUGCCGAGUUUCUCCCUGAACCUUCAGAACUACCACACCUGGUCCAGUGGGAUGCAGGGAACCCAGAAUGUUUGCUCCAGCUGGUGAAGGAGCUAAUCCAGCAGUACCACGACUACCAGUGCCAGCGUCUGCGAGAAAGCUCCAGGCUGCUCUUUGAGUACGGAAGCCUGCUGGAGGAUCCCAACUAUGGCCGCAACAUGGAGAUUUAUGCCGGACGCAAGAACAGCUGGACAGGAGAGUUUUCAGCACGUUUCCUUCUCAAACUGCCCGUGGACUUCAGCAACAUCCCGGUCUAUCUCCUCAAGGACACAGCGCUGGACCCUGGAGAGGAUGUCGCUCUUCUCUCAGUGAGCUUUGAGGAUGCUGAGGCUACCCAGGUCUUCCCUAAACUCUACCUGUCCCCCAGCAUUGAACAUGCCCUGGGAGGCUCCUCUGCACUUCAUAUCCCAGCAUUCCCCAGUGGAGGAUGCCUAAUAGACUACGUCCCUCAAGUGUGCCAGUUACUCACAAACAAGGUGCAGUAUGUCAUCCAAGGCUACCACAAGAGGAGAGAGUACAUCGCCGCCUUCCUCAGCCACUUUGGAACGGGUGUGGUGGAGUAUGAUGCUGAAGGAUUCACAAAACUCACUCUACUACUUAUGUGGAAGGACUUCUGCUUCCUCGUACACGUGGAUCUCCCGCUGUACUUCCCCAGGGACCAGCCCACCCUCACCUUCCAGUCUGUGUACCACUUCACCAACAGUGGCCAGCUCUACUCUCAGGUGCAGAAGUCGUACCCCUACAGCCCCCGCUGGGACGGCAAUGAGAUGGCAAAGAGGGCAAAGGCGUACUUCAAGACUUUUAUCCCUCAGUUCCAAGAGGGAGCCUUUGCCAACGGGAAACUCUAGUGCUCUCCAGCUUUAUGACAUGCCUGGAGAGUUGCCUGUGGGAGUGUGUAUGUGAGUGUGUGUUUGUGCAUGCCCCUGUGUACCUGUAAGUGAGUAUGCACAGACUAAUGUUUGUGAAAUGUUCCAACAGUACAGUGAGAGUGACCGUGGGUUUGUUGGCGCACAGACUUUGUGAAUUCCAUGUUUUGACCUUGAAAUGGCUCUUAGUAUAAGUUCUCCUUUUGUUUUUCAUUUAGGUUUAAAUAGACACCACUUUAGUGUAGAGGUUGAGAAGAAGUCUGGAGGGCACUGUCAUAUGGUUCUGAAAUGAGAGGCUGACAAAGACUUAGUGUUGUAAAUACAAGGGAGUGAUGUGACUUUAACAUCCUCCACCUCUUUAGUGAAAAUAACAGACACAUGAGCAUCGUGCACAUGCCGCACAAAUUUGUGGGAGCAGCCUAAAAUGUGUAUCUUCUUUGCUUGUUCGCCAGCCAUAGACUGUAUUGGUCGAGUGAAACAAGCAGCCUCCUGGUUGGAAAGUUGAAGCUAAUGCAGUAGCACCUUAAACCUGCAUUCUUUCAAAUGGCCAGCAGGGGGUCCAAUAGUCGCCAAAAAAAAGAUGUAAACAAGUUAAAUAAAAAAUAACCCUUCUUCCUUGAUUUAAAAACCUAAAGCAGUGUGCAUGUUAUGGCCUGGUUACUUCAGCCACCCCUAAGAAAGCCUUGUUCAGCUUUCAGUUUUCAGUCUUUGGUAAGUACAUUUGGUUUAAAGGCAGUUUCUUCACUUGUCAUAAUUAAUAUCACAGUUACCAUUAAUCAGAGAUGAGCUUGUCCUGGAUUUAGCUUACAACUAUGUUUGCUCCUUACAGUGCCACCUUCUCGUCCAAAAAAUUAACUUCUAUCCAAGAUCCAAAACACCAAGAUAGUCAUGGCCGAAAUGUUUAACUAGAGGCUUCUAAAAGGUCGUCCAUAAACUGAUUGCUGAUAUCACAGUGGCUACAUCCACUUCUUGUAUGCAGGCUGUUCUGCCUAAAAGGCCUUUAUCUCUAAAAGGAUCUCCACAACACCCUGUACAGUCAGUCUGUCUGACGUUACAAAAACUAUUAUUGUUAAAAAGUGUUGUGCCAAUGGCUUAAAGCAUUCAAACCCCAGAGGUCCGCCAUCACAAUUCUCCAUCCAGAGCGGCUGUUGCGUUGGUAUGUAAACAAUAUGAAAAUAACUAACUACAUGUAAAUCACAAAGAGCUGUGGGGACAAUUCAAAACUCCUUUGUUCACUGUUGUCUCUAUCACUAACAACAUGUUAGAGUUUGGCUGCACUUUGUCAGAAUAUCUACAUGACUUUUCCUUUUAACUGUCUGUCUGUUUCAUUGAAGCAUUCAAAGCCCUGUGAAGUGACAAUACUGUACGUUACUGAAGGAUAAGUUCUGUCUGAGUUUCUAUCCAGUAAAGAAGUCUGUUUCCCUC